AUGGCUUUUGUACAGCAGCUUCUUUUCAGCCCUUCGCUUUCCGAUUCUGACAGGCAAGGUGCUCUAGAUCGAAUACAUGCUGAUCCAGGUAUCCCAAACCCUGUCUGUACCACCUCAUCCUUCUGGUUGAAGAAUCCACAUCCAACUUUAUCUAAGGCACAAUCAAAAAGUCUCCCAGAGCAAGCAGAAAUCGUCGUUAUCGGCUCSGGRAUCACAGCAGCAUCGGUCGCACAUACUUUGCUUGUGAAUAAAAAUCCGGAAGACUUUAGCUCAAUUGCAAAAAAAGUUGUAAUUCUUGAAGCCCGAGAUUUUUGCAGCGGGGCCACUGGCCGCAAUGGAGGACACGUUCUGGAGACUGCGGAUGACUAUAUGGAGCUAGAAGAGACGUUUGGACCAGAUACUGCCAAAUCAAUCAUGAAAUUUCGCCUUUCCCAUCUUCAGACCAUCUUGGGUGUCGCCGAUAAGCUAGGAAUCGCCGAGUCAUCCCAGGCGCGUAAAGUACAAUUCCUCAGCGUUUACUUUGAGGAGGAAACUUGGGCAGCGGCGAAAGAACGACUCAAACGAUUCAAGGAUGCGAUGCCUGAGGAUUCCAAAGAUUGGGUCAUCCAUGAAAAGCCACUGCCAAAGAAUUUCAAACUUGAAAGUGCUACUGGAGUAAUUUCAGGACCAGCGGCAGCCCUGUGGCCAUACAGAUUCGUUACAGGGGUUUUUGACUCCUUAACUCAGCAAUUUCCGAACACACUUUCAAUCGAAACGAAUACUCCUGUAACAGGGAUUACGAAAUUAUCAUCCUCCACGGAAGCUGCUAAUCUUUCUUUCACCGUUGAAACCCCUCGAGGAGCAAUAAAGUGCCGACAUGUCAUACACUGCACAAACGGUCAUGUAGGCCAUCUCGUACCACAAUUAAAGGGAUGCAUAUAUCCCGUGCGCGGUCAAAUGUCCGCUCAAAACCCAGGAGAAGCCUUCCCAGCUUACGGCCAAAAACAUUCCUGGUUGAUGAACUACGAUACUGGCUUUGACUACUUGACUCAGCUCCCUCAAAAUGACGGCCUUGGUCUUUCCAAUGGUGAGAUGAUGCUCGGAGGCGGGUUUGCGCAGGGCAGAAAAAGUGGGAUUGCCGAUUUGGGAAUUCCAACCGAUGAUGAACUCUCCUUGGAUUGCAACAUUCAUCUAAGGGGUGCCUUGCCUGCAAUAUUCGGCAAUCAAAACUGGGGGAAAAUUCAUCCUGAUCCUGUCAAGGCUAUGUGGACUGGUACCAUGGGUUUCAGUGCUGAUGGAUUGCCUUGGGUUGGCAAGCUGCCCUUCUCAGAUACAAGUAGCAGCAAGGAUGAAGACAAAGAAGGACUGACGAAAGGGGCACAAUGGAUCUCUGCCGGGUACUCUGGGGAUGGUAUGGUGCAAGCCUGGCUUUGCGGUCAGGCUCUCGGAACAAUGAUUCUUCAAAACGAUACUGAGAUUAAAGCGGAAGGCAUAUUGGACUGGUUUCCUGAGCAGAUGCGGGUGACCGAGCAGAGGAUCUCGAAGUCGAUGCUCCCUCGACAUCUCACCCUAGCCCCAAAUAAACUUUAG